CUCUAAGCCUUGUCAGAAGCCAUAUUAAACAUUUGGACGGCGAAACCAACCCUUGGCUAUUUUAGCUUUUGGACUGUUGGUGGCUGUUACAUAGGGCCAAAGCUUGUUCGCUAGACGAAGUUGGUUCAGGCAAGGCGAGACAGCGCAAGACAAACCAGAAGCUGUCGCACAGGAAACGAGGGGAAAUUGACAAGCUAGGCGGACUGAACUAGGUAUUCUUCUCGCGAGGGCAAAGGCGAAACAGCUUGCAUUUUUGCUCAAAAAGGGGACUACUAUCUCUUCCAUCUUAUCACCACCAUUCCCCAGCCAUCCCAACGUCGCAAGCUGAGAUCACCACCCCCACGAUAAUCAUGGCCUCAAAGACCUUUGAAUGGCGACCAGCAAAGCUGCUCCAGGACUAUAACAUCGGCCAGGACUUCGCUCUUCUCAUUCUUAACCAGCCUUUGAAGAACGGCGUCAACCUGCGCAAGCUCUGGAAGAACUCUUCUGUUAGAGUCGCAGCAGAUGGAGGAGCAAACAGACUACACAAGCUCUCAUCUUUCCAUGGAAAAUACUCCAACCUUCAGCUCAUCAUCGGCGACCUCGAUUCCCUGACCCCAACGGUCCGCGAUUUCUACUCGUCGCAACCCUCCCCUGCGCAAAUCAUCCGCGACGCCGAUCAAGAGUCGACCGAUUUCUCCAAAGCCGUCAACUGGAUCCGCAAAGAACACUCGGGAAUUGAUAUUGUCGCUCUUGGAGGCAUUGGUGGCCGUGUCGACCAGGGUCUUUCCCAGCUCCACCACCUGUACCUCUUCCAAACCGAUCCCGAAUAUGCGAGCGGCCGCGUCUUCCUCCUCUCCGGCUCGAGCUUGACCUUUUUGCUCAAAGCUGGCACACACCACAUCCAGGUCCGCGAGGAUGGCGAGGAGGACGCCUUUGGCAAGCACAUUGGCAUUAUUCCCCUCAAGGAAGCCGCCAACAUUACAACAAAGGGAUUCGAGUGGGACGUCGAGGACUGGCACACCGAGAUUGGCGGCAAGUUAAGUACUAGCAAUCACAUCUUGCCCGAUUCGCAGAUCGUGACAGUGACGACGAACAAAGACGUGCUUUUCACAGUAGCACUUAAAGAAGGCGACGGUGAUGACGAGUAAUCCAAUUCUCAAGCUCAGUGGAUCAUAUUGUGCCUUGUAUUUUGAACCCGCUGCAGAUGGGUGGUAUGAUACAAGUCUAAAGAACAAACUCAAGACACAAAUAAAAGA